AUGCCUCCCAGAAAGCGAGCACGCGGCUCUAGCCUGGCAGCCUCAGCAUCCAGCGCACGCCGUGGCGACGACGCCAUGGACAUGGACACAGCUGCUGCGAGCGAAACUGCGGCGCCAUCAGCACCGAGCAAACAAGGCCAACCCAGCUUCAACGACAUGUGGACGGACGACCAGAUUGCAUCGCUUUUCAAGGGUGUCAUUCGUUGGAAGCCUGCUGGCAUGCAUAAACAUUUCAGGAUGAUUGCUAUAUCAGAACAUUUACGGAAUCAUGGCUUCGAUCCGGAUAUUUAUCAGCACACGAGAAUCCCCAAUAUCUGGGGCAAGCUGCGGACAUUCUACAACUUGGACCUCAUCGACGAGCGCGAGUACUUUGACGACGACGAAACCAGCGACAAGUACAUCGAGUUUUCCCUACCCCGUUCCUGUUUUCUCGAGUCCAUGAUGCAACGAGCAGUGGCCGAGUCGAGCGAAGCACCUACCUCCCCUCCGGAGCUGGACUUGUCACCCGCACCUUCACAGCCAAGGAGAAGAAAACGAUCCGACAUUGCGGCCAUGGCCAGAAUUACAGACACCGAGGACACAGAAUACGGGACAGACGCGCCGUCACCGGCAGCCAGGCCAAAGAGAGGAUCCAGGGGCCGCAGGAGGGGUGUAAGCUACCGCCAUGCCAGGACCGAGAGAGCCGACAGAAGCGACAGAGCGGAAAAGACCGAAAAAAAUCACAAAGCCGAAACCACAGAGGAAGAGGAUGCUGGAGACGACGGAGAUGAUAGUGGCCCCGGAGAGGAUCAGGAAGAAGACAGCACCGAGGACGGCGGCACCCCUGCGUCAAGGACGACGAGAGCAGCAACUAGGAAAAGCACGGCUCCAAAGCCGCCCCCACGGCGAACCCGAUCACGGCGUUGA